AUGGACAUGCUGGACCCGGGUCUGGAUCCCGCUGCCUCGGCCACCGCUGCUGCCGCCGCCAGUCACGACAAGGGACCCGAGGCAGAGGAGGGUGUCGAACUGCAAGAAGGCGGGGACGGGCCUGGGGCGGAGGAGCAGACGGCGGUGGCCAUCGCCAGCGUCCAGCAGGCGGCGUUCGGCGACCACAACAUCCAGUACCAGUUCCGCACAGAGAAUAAUGGAGGACAGGUGACGUACCGCGUGGUCCAGGUGACUGAUGGUCAGCUGGACGGCCAGGGCGACACAUCAGGCGCCGUCAGCGUCGUGUCUACGGCUGCCUUCGCGGGGGGGCAGCAGGCUGUGACCCAGGCUGUUAUCCAAAAUCCCUUCAGCAAUGGUGGCAGCCCGGCUGCUGAGGCUGUCAGUGGGGAGGCCCGAUUUGCCUAUUUCCCAGCGUCCAGUGUGGGAGAUACCACGGCUGUGUCCGUACAGACCACAGACCAGAGCUUGCAGGCUGGAGGCCAGUUCUAUGUCAUGAUGACGCCCCAGGAUGUGCUUCAGACAGGAACGCAGAGGACAAUUGCACCUCGGACACACCCCUACUCCUCGAAAAUUGACGGAACAAGAACGCCACGGGAUGAGAGAAGGAGAGCUCAGCAUAAUGAAGUGGAGCGGAGGCGGAGGGACAAGAUCAACAACUGGAUCGUCCAGCUUUCAAAAAUCAUUCCAGAUUGUAAUGCAGAUAAUAGCAAGACGGGAGCGAGUAAAGGAGGGAUCCUGUCAAAGGCCUGCGACUACAUCCGGGAGCUGCGCCAGACCAACCAGCGCAUGCAGGAGACCUUCAAGGAGGCUGAGCGGCUGCAGAUGGACAAUGAGCUCCUGCGGCAACAGAUCGAGGAGCUGAAGAAUGAGAACGCCGUGCUCCGCGCCCAGCUGCAGCAGCACAACCUGGAGAUGGUGGGCGAGAGCGCCCGGCAGUGA